AUGAGCCACCAUUAUUCAAACCCAAAUUCGAGCUCCGGCCAGCUGACCCGGCUCGCUGAACCCGGAAUCCUCGACGAGCACGCCUCCUAUGGCGGGGGCUCUGCCUCCACCGGGCCCCGCGCCUCGUCUCUUCCCUUACCGGCGGCUCUCCGGCCGCCUCCCGGAUCCCCGGCGGCUGGCCGGCACUCGCCAAGCUCCUCUUCUUCUGCGGCGGUUGCGGGCCGACCCGUCACUUCCGCCCGGCCCAGCCCGCACCGGNACCUCGUCGGGACGGCCCGAUUCUCCAAGACCUCCGGCCAGAGCUUCCUUCCCCGGAGGUGCCGUGGGGAUGUGCUUUUCGUGAGCGACCCGUGUGAACAUCCGGGCGGGGCUGAUGGCGGCCCGGAUCUCGGUGUAUACCGGGGAGUUUUCGGGUCGUUCGCGCAAUCGAGGACUCGGGAGUUUUUGGUCACCAGGCGAGUGGAAUUCGAGGAAGGUGUGAGGUGUCCGUAUUGUGGGGCCCGCGCGUGGAGCAUGACUGCGGCUCGGCUCAUCCCGAGACGGGCCGCGGCCAGGAGGCUCGGGACAGGACAGGACGAGCUCGAGUACUUUGUGUGCCUCAAUGGGCACCUGCACGGCGCGUGCUGGCUCGUACACCUGUCGUCCGAUGAUGAUGAUGAUGAUGAGGUGGAUGCCGACGGUGAUGACGAGGAUGGUGAUGUGGAUUUUAUUGUCUCGGAGGAUGACGAGGACGGUGGAAUGUGA